GACAGAUCAGUGUUGUUGAUAUAUGGGCAUUAUUUCGGCAUUUUGCGCCUAAAAUUAUGGCAGGAUUUGUCAGUUUUUUUUUUUGCCUAAGCGGGGCAGGAUCUCUAAUUUAAGGUUGGUCACACUGUUUGUUUAGGUCUCCAUUGCCAAUAAAAAAAUAAAUAAAUAAAGGUUAGGAGUUUUUGGCGGGAUUUCAUCGAGUGCGGUUAGUGUCUUAUUUCAAUUAUUCGUAAAUUCGUUCAUAGUGGAUAUUGUGAAAUAAAAUUGGUGUGAUUUUGUGUUACAACCAUCUGCGCAACUGGAGAAUUAGUGGAAACUUUAAAACAUACGCUAUUCCGAUCAUGUGGACGUGAGAACUUUAUUGUAGUGUUGACUACCUCACAGAAGCUUAUCGAAAAAACCAACUCGAUACAUUUCGUGCUAAACACUCCAAAAAACAAUAGAACGCGUCACACCGUCAAUCUAAUGUAAAUAAAAAAAAGAAAAUUAAGAUUUGUAUUUAUGUAUAAGACUGAAGGACUUGUAUCCAUGGUUAUGAAUAAUUAAAAAAAAAUUGUUUAGUUUACUUUUGUUCUCCUACAUAUAUAGUGAUCUGUGUUGUUCUCUCGUAGAGAGUAUAUUGUUCUGUGCUAUUGUUGGUCCAAAAUGAGCAUAGAAUAAUAUAUAUACACUAAAAUGAGUUUGGAACAGAGUAAUAGGGAUCGGAUUGAAAUACUUAAUUUUAGUAUUAUAAUUGGUACUACAAUCUACAAGUCUUUCACCGUGCCGCCCUUGAUAAACAAUCAUGUUUUUCAUUAUCAAGAGUUUAAUUAAAAACUAGAAAUAUCAAUUCAUUGAAUGUACAGAAAACACAUAUAAACAUGACUCAACAAUUACCAAUUACCAAAUACUUUAAAUCGAGAAAUUUGCCUAGAUCUAUUUUAAAUAUGGAACAAAAUAAAGUAGUAAGAAAACGUAACCUAAGUUUACGAAAAUCUGUGACACCAAGUAAAUUAUCAAAGAUAAAUAAAGAUGACAUAAAUGAACGUGAAGUAAUAGAUUUGUGCAGUGAAGACGAAGACUUAAGUGCAUCUUUGGACACAAAUGAAAAAAAUGCAUUAGAUAGUCCUGAUAUCUCUGAUUCUUCACAAGCAACGGUGAUUUACUCACCUGUGUUGGUGAGCUCUCCAAUUAAUAUAUCAACACCAUCAAAGAUAUCAACACCAUCAAAGGUAUCAACACCUUCAAAGGUAUCAACACCAUCAAAGGUGUCAACACCAUCAAAGGUAUCAACACCAUCAAAGGUAUCAACACCCUCUUAUGCCACUUUGAAAGUAAGAAGUCCUGGCUCUAUUAAUAAAUUUUAUUCACCUAGCAAGAAAAGAGCAGUGUCGCAAAAAAGUCCUGCAAGAAAAGAGUUAUUUAAAAGUUAUCAUAUAAAGGCUUCGGCAUCUCCAACCAAAAGUAGUGACAUAUUCCAAAAUGCUUGUGAAGGCAUGGAUGACAAAACAAUAUUUUUAAUAAAAAUCAUUGAUCAAUAUCUAAAUGAAAAUUCUGUUAAAUAUUUGUUGAAUGAAAAUUCACAAAUAAUUUUACAAAAAUGCAUGCACAUUUUGAAGCCAGGGAUGAGAUUGGUUUGUAGGCUGUUUUGGCGUAAAGAGAGCUGGUAUAAUAUGGAAACUAUCAAAUCAAUACUAAGAGGAAAAGCAAAAGAUGGAGAAAAGGAGGAAUUAGAUGAUGUGAAAUUCAUUAAAGUUCUCAGAUCACUAACAGAGGGCCAACUGAUUUUAGGCACUGAUGAUAAGACUUUAUUGACAUUUGAUGAUUAUACUGCAGUCCUAAAUGCUACGGAUAUGAAACAGAUUUGCAAGGACCUAAAAUUAACCAAUAUAACAAACAAGCAAGAUGCUAUAGAUGCACUAAAAAGUUAUAGCAAAAGAAAACCAAUUGACAAAUUCUUCACAGGCAGUUCUACGGACAACUCCAAAAGAGUUUUGAAAAUCAUGGCUGAGAAGGCUGGCCCUUGUUACAGACUGUCAGAUUUGGCUCGUAUAGCAAUCCAUAAAUUAUAUGUACUUAUGUACCUGGGAAUAAAUUAUACACUCAUACGUGAAAAGAAAUUAGAGCUUACUUUGGUGUAUGACAAAAUUAAAAGGGAAACAUAUCCUAUUGACAGUGAAAUGGUAUUGGAUAGUCCAAACAUAAUUUUCUCUAAUAGUGAUGAGUUUGAAAGAUAUUUCAAAGCACUUGAUGUGUAUGAAAAUUAUUUACAAGAAACUGCUGUCAAUAAAAGAUGUUGUAUAGUCAAAUUUAUAUAUGAAACUUUUAAAAACUAUACUGAUGAUGACAUGUUAAAGUACAAGUCACUUCCGAUUUGGCUUCUUCGUUUUACACCUUUAGACUUUUAUGUCAAAAUCAUGAAUGCUGGAAUACAAGACUUGAAGAAAAGCAACAAUUACGAGUUGGCACUGAAUGUACUCAGUACUCUCCUGUCACAGGACUUAUUUAGACAGCACAAAAGAGCAGAAUGGUAUAAUGAGAAGUCGUUAAUACUGCACAAGAUUGGCCAAUAUAAUGAAGCAGCUAGCGUUUUAUUAGAGGGCCUCAAAUGUAAUCUAGCAGAAGACGCGACAGAAAUUUUGCUUAACCGAGUCGCGAUCACAGCGAAAUAUACAGAAGAGAAUUUACAGACUGAGUUGUGGAAAUAUGCUGACAAAGAGAGAACUUUAGAGAAAAACAUACGAGGAGUUCAUGUUCUCAAGAAACCUAUGGACCGAACUGAUACAAGAGGGAAACUCAAAUAUGAAACUCGAACUUCUGAAGGAAGAAUUAUUCAAGAUGUUGAAGAAUUCACCGUACAGCACUAUCUAGAAUCGGGAGAAUUUACUAACGGAAAGCACUGGGAAGGCAAAAUAGUGAACACGAUAUUUUUCCUACUAUUCUGGGAUAUAGUAUAUUCUACUAAGCCACCUAACUGUCCGGGAAUAUUCCUGACGCGUUUCCAAAGAUACCCGUUAGACAUGCUCUGUGCAAGUUUCUAUGAAAACAGAAGACAACAAAUUGAUAAUAGACUGAAGAUGAUACAGUCUGAGCAAGUUCAAAAGUUAUUGAACAUGAUGAGUAAUAUUUGGGUAACACGGCCUGAAGGCGAGCUGUCGGGGCUAUGUCGCGAGCGAGAGGGUAUACAGUGGGAGGAGGUGGCGGGGGUAGUGAAGUGUGCGGGCGGACAUAAACUAGCGGCCCUCUGUCGACGGCUCGCGUCAAAUUACUCGUACUACUCCGCCGGAUUUCCGGACCUUACGCUGUGGAACGAACGCACCGGACAGUUAAGGUUUGUGGAAGUGAAAAGCGACACAGACAAGCCGUCUUUGAAGCAGUUGCAAUGGAUGCACUACUUGCAGCAGAAUGAUAUUGAUACGGAAUUUUGUUAUGUUGGCGGUAACACUAAGAGGAGCAAAGCCAGGGCUUCAUAAAUAAUAACAAUUUGCUUCCACCUUUGCCACAUUGGCGGCUUAUGGUCAAUUCAUGCUAGCGCAGAGUGGAAAGCGUUCAUAAACGUAACAAAGCAAAUUCACCACUAUCUCCGCAAUGUAACGUCCAUAUUCCUUCUGAGAUAGAGAGAAGACACACGAAUCGCGCGCUGUUUAUUGGCUCAGAAGGAACAGGAAACCACGCAAUCAUUGGCACACUUCUAAUUAUUGGCACUUUUGAGUUCAGUUCGAAAAAAAACAAAGAAACAAUUUGACAAGAACGUGCCUGCCGCCCGCACAUCUCACAGUCCCCAGUCUCGUCCUCCCCUACACCCUGUACCCCGUAGGCGAUGACUCAGUUAAGCGGUUUACAUAUAAGUUUUGCUUUUUAAUAUGUAUCGAGCUAGCAUAAUCUAUUGUUUCCUUGUUUUUUCGAACUAAACUCAAAAGUGUAAAACAAACAGUAAAACCAAUAAUUGGAAGAGUGCCUGUGAUUGGGUUGUUUCCCCAAUAUGUGUUUUACGUUGCGGAGAUAAAGGUCUGCUAUGUUACUGUUUCUGAAAUUAUCUUCAAUGCGCUUCGACUCUGCCCUAGUAUGAAUUGACAAUUGGGGAUUGUUCGCACGAGCGUUUUAUCUACUCGCCUUAUAUAAAAGCACAUUCAUAAUACUUAGUCGUAGUUUUACGAAGCAUUAGAGAAAUAAAACUUUUAAAAAAAAUGCUUGUGUGAAGUUCUCACACUGAAACUAAACCAAAUUAUGUAUUUUUAAAUUGAUUCGUGUGCCAAAUUAGAAUUAUGGAGUGCCCCAAAGUUUCGGAAAGCGAAGGUUGGGCUGGAAUUAAACCAAAUAUUUUUGAAUUAACCUGUGUUCCAAAUUGGAAGAGCGCUUCAAAGUUUCAGACAUGGAAAGCGACGCAACAUUUGAUCUCAAAAAUGCUCAAAGGCCAAUAAAGAUAAUAAAGUACGUACGCGCGCCUCUGGCUAGUUGGGUUAGAUGUUAUUUGUUUUUGUGCAGCCCUCAAAAGACGAAUUGUUUUGUGUAUAAUCACUAUAACUUUAAAUUUUGAAAGCGGGACCAAAAAAUCUUGAAAAAAUUAAGGGAAAACAGUAAAAUUUCAUAUCUUUAUAUAUAUAAUUCUUCUGUGAGUGUGUAUGUCACUGAACUUCUCUUAAACGACUGGACCGAUUUUGAUGAAUUUUUUUGUGUGUGUUCAAGGGGAUCUGAGAAUGGUUUAGAUUCACAAUUUUGUCCGCUGGACAACCCCUAUUUUUUUAGGGCGGUAUGAAGUUCGCUGGGUCAGCUAGUUGUGUAUAAUAUCUGAAUAUCAAACAAAGAGUUUAAACAUUCAAUUAAAUUAUAUAUUUAUAUAUAUAUAUAUAUAUAUAUAAAUGUAGUGUAAUGUCAUGGGCGGGCGAUGUUGCGUUCAAUAGUUUUAGUUUCAAGUAAAAUAUUGUAAAUUAUUUUAUAUAGACAUAAGACUGUAUUGAGGCAGAAAUUGAAAUAUGAUUUAUAUAUAUCUGUUUACAUUGCCAUUGUAAUAGCGUCUAUAAAAUUUGAAUGCAUCUCACUCAAUCACUGAGAAUUUUAGUGUAAGCAAGUAUGUUUAGAAGAAAUCUUACUGUCGGAAUAAGAUUCUGCGUAUUUUAUUACUUUAUUCUGGUGCUAUAUAAAUAAAUAUUUUUUUAUUAUUAGUUCCAUUUGUUAUUAUUUGGUUCCUAAUUAAGUAUUUAUAAAAUUUAAAUGUUAUUACCUAUAUAGAAACCCAAAGGCUAAGAAGUCACGGCGCGAUUUUCUCCCGUUCUCGUCGCGAGAGAACUCUCGUAGAAUAUCAAAUUGUAGGGAAAAUACAAAAUCAAAACUCACGGUGCAAUUUGCGACCGCAGAGCGCGCGGGUGUUUGCGGCACUCGCAGACCUGACAAACAGAAAUUAGGCAUGCGUCUGAUAUAUCAAAACGAAUCCAAAAUCCGAUUUCAAACUCAAAUCGAUACCGAACGAUUCCUCAACAAGAAAAUCCGAUUUCAGAAAUCUAACCGAACCAAAACGCUAGCGAUCUAAUACCACCAAAAGUAUCCAUAUGUAAAUCGGAUUCGAAAUUCGUGCUUUCGUUUUCGGAAGUCCGAUUUCGGUUUGCUGUUUACGGAAAUCUAUUGCUCUCUCUAAGGCGGGAUUAUUUAUCACUGAAAAGAGAUGUCGUCUAAAAACAUCAAAAGUCGAUUAACUUACAUUUUUUAACGCUAACCUGAAGUAAUUAGGUUUGAUUUUGUAAAUGGUUUGAAAAAUAAUAAAACAAACAGAAAAAUACUAAAAAAAUAUGUAAAAAGAAAUCGUUGUAUAUAAGCCGAUUUUUAACCGUAAACAUAACUUUUCUGCUACUCCUAAGCCUAGAUUUAAAGCAUGAAGGAAAAUCGCGCAAAUCUACGAGUAUCCUUGUUUCCUACAAUUAAUUGUUUGUGAUUGUCGUUAGCCAAUAAAACCAAAUCAUAACACAAACUAGUGAAUUGGCUAAGUUCGGCACAUCUGAAAUCGGAUAUCUAAAAACGGAUUUUAAAAUCGAUUUUGAAAUCUGAAAUCCGAUAAAUAUCCGUUUGCGUGCAAAACCAAAAACGCCCAUGUCUA